AUAGGCUGUAUUUCAUUAAUGCAUAUUGCACAAAUGUGACCCUGGAUCACAAAACCAGUCAUAAGGGACAAUUUUAUGAAAUUGAAAUUUAUGCAUGCACCUAAAAGCUGAAUAAAUAAUAUUUCUAUUGAUGUAUGGUAUGUUGGGAGGACAAAAAAAAAAUCGAAAUAUUAAGAAAAUCAUCUUAAAAGUUGUUCAAAUGAAGUUGUUAGCAAUGCAUAUUACUGAACACAAAUUAAGUUUUGAUAUAUUUACGACAGGAAAUGUACAAAAUAUCUUCAUGGAACAUGAUCUUUAUUUAAUAUCCUAAUGAUUUUUGACAUAAAAUAAAAAUGUCUAAUUGUGACUCAUGCAAUGUAUUGUUGUCUAUUGCUACCAAUAUACCUGUGACACUGAUGACUGGUUUUAGGGUCACAAAUGUUUCUUGAAUUAGUUAGCAUCGUCUCUCCUGUUGUUGCAGGUUGGUCAUCAUGCCUGAGAAAGUUUGCAUCAACAGUGCAGAUGUGAAAUACACUGAGAAACACAUCGAGUCACGGUACUGUUACCACACUGCCUCUGUGCGCAGAGAUGGAGACGCGUUCACUGUGACGCCGUCCAGCACAGAGUUCACCUUCCGCACCGAGAGGAAGGUGCCCAGGCUGGGUGUGAUGCUGGUGGGAUGGGGUGGGAAUAACGGGACCACGGUCACAGCUGCGGUUCUGGCCAAUAAACUGGGUCUGACCUGGAGAACCAAGACCGGUCUGAAGACAGCCAAUUACUACGGCUCUUUGCUCCAGUCGUCUACGGUGUGUCUGGGGUCCGGUCCGGAUGGAGAGGUCUACGUUCCCUUCAGAGAUCUGCUGCCGAUGGUGCAUCCCAAUGACAUCGUGUUUGAUGGCUGGGAUAUCUCGUCUCUGGACCUCGGCAGAGCCAUGGAGCGCGCUCAGGUUCUGGACUGGAGUCUGCAGGAGAAGCUCCGCCCACACAUGAGCCAGCUCAAACCCAGACCCUCCGUCUACAUCCCAGAAUUCAUUGCAGCUAACCAGGAGCAACGGGCGGACAACCUCAUCAGAGGAAGCAAAGCAGAGCAGGUGGCUCAGAUCCGCAGAGAUAUCUGUGAUUUCCGAGAGAAGAGCGGCGUGGAUAAAGUCAUCGUUCUGUGGACGGCGAACACCGAGCGAUUCUGUGACGUGAUUCCUGGAGUCAACGACACGGCGGAGAACCUGCUCCACAGCAUCCAGACGGGAGGGGAAGUGUCUCCCUCCACCAUGUUUGCGGUGGCCAGUCUUCUGGAGGGCUGUGCCUACAUUAACGGCUCGCCACAGAACACGUUUGUCCCCGGAGCCGUGGAUCUGGCCGUCCAGCGCGGCGUCUUCAUCGGAGGAGACGACUUCAAAUCUGGACAGACCAAACUCAAGUCUGUGCUGGUGGACUUCCUGAUCAGCGCCGGGAUCAAGCCGACUUCGAUAGUGAGUUAUAAUCAUCUGGGCAACAACGACGGUCUGAAUCUGUCGGCUCCGCAGCAGUUUCUCUCUAAAGAAGUCUCCAAGAGUAACGUGGUGGAUGACAUGGUGCAGUCGCACCCUGUGCUGUACCGAGCCGGAGAGAAACCUGACCACUGCGUGGUUAUUAAAUAUGUGCCCUAUGUGGGCGACAGCAAGCGUGCGAUGGAUGAGUACACGUCUGAGAUCUUGAUGGGAGGAACGAACACCAUCGCUCUGCACAACACCUGUGAGGACUCUCUUCUGGCCAGUCCCAUUAUUCUGGACCUGGUGAUCCUGACAGAGCUGUGUCAGAGAAUCUCCUUCCGCACUCAGGACGAUCCGGUUUUCCAGGGUUUCCACAGCGUCCUGUCGCUGCUCAGCUUCCUGUGUAAAGCGCCUCUCGUCCCGCAGGGGGCGCCGGUGGUCAACGCCUUCUCCCGCCAGCGGGCGUGCAUCGAGAACGUCAUGAGAGCGUGUCUGGGACUGCCUCCACAGAAUCACAUGCAGCUGGAGCACAAGAUGACCAGGAGCUUCCUGCAUUCAGAGGAAAACCCCAUCCUUCAUCCCGUCCUCAUGAACGGAAAGAUGGAGCACACAAGAGGCUUUCAGUCUACCAAAUACAUCCACACCGACGGCCACCAGAAUCUGCAGCACACGAUCACAUAAACACCCAGCUAGAUGUGUACUACUGAGUGCACUCAAGUCCAGUCCAGCAAUCGUGCUUCUUCUCGUUUAGUGAGUGUGGAUGAAUAUUCAUCUACACAUUCCUAGAUUUUUUACAUGAAUACACUGAGGAAAAACAUAGUUUUUGUUUGUUGAAUAAAAUAAUUAAUUCUCAAAUUGU